AUGGUUUCAAGUAAAGUGAUUCAUUGGUUAACAGCUGUUGUAUCAAUAUUACUUAGUGGAUUAUUUUAUUUAUUUAGUCGAAUGAAAUGUCUUCAUCCACAUUGUGUUGAAACAUAUGCAAAAGACAGCAUAACAAUGCUUUAUACUUUCUAUUUAAUCUUUAUUUUUAUUACAACUCUUCUUUGUAAAUUAAUUCCACGACUACCAUUUAAAAUUAGAUAUUGGUUAGAAAAAGAUCUUCCAACAUCAUUAUGUCUCGGUUGGUUUCAAGGAUCCUUACUUGAACUUUUAACUUUAUUUGCAGUUUUGGGAUUGAUCACAGUUAAUUUUAUUUUCUAUUGGAAUUUAAUGUUAUCUGUAUCCAAUGACCUAUUGGCAGAAAAAGAUUAUUGGAAUGCAGCACUGAUGGGAAGUGGACAUAUGGGUGAUGUUUUAUUAGGUUUGUUAUUAAUUCCAUUAGGUCGCCAUUCAUUUUUACCGUCUUUACUCAAUAUACAUUUUGAUAGUGCACUUCGUUUUCAUAAACGUUGUGGAACACUUUUUUGUUUAAUUAGUAUUUUACAUGGAUUUGUUAUAUGGACGAAAGUAACAAGAUUUUUAAAUCCACCUUCGUAUUUCUAUUGGACAUUUAAUAUCGGUGUUCAAGGUCAAAAAUGGAUAUUUUAUGUUUCAAAUGCUGGAUUUAUGACAACGUUUGGGUUUAUCGCAGGUAUUGCAUUAUCUAUUAUAUGGAUAUUCAGUUUUUCCAUUAUUCGACGACGUUUAUAUAAUCUUUUCUAUAUAAUUCAUAUUCUUUUUGGACCAUUGAUGAUUAUAAGUGCAAGUUUUCAUACAAGUAGUAUUUGGUAUUAUUGUAUGCCUGGUGCUUUUCUUCUUUCGAUUGAUUGGAUAAUUCGAUUAUAUAAUUAUAGAAAGCAAAGAAAAGGUUUAAUAAGACGAGAAGAAUGUGGAUAUCUUCGAAUUGAUAUCUUCGAUAAAAUCGAUUUUAAUCUUGCAAGUUUUAUUAUGAUUAAAAUCGAAGAACUUGGAUAUCAAAUAAGUCAUCCAUUUACAAUUGCCAAUGAUGCGAAUGAAGAUUAUUUAGUUUUAUUAAUAAAACCUUCAUUAUUAACAUCAAAAUGGACAAAUCAAUUAGCAAAACUUCUUCCAUCUGACUGUUUAUCAAAAGAAAUAACAGUACGAAUUGAUGGAUCGUUUGGAUUUUUGAAAUUUCAGAUAUCAAAAAUGAAUCUAGUUGCUUGUUUUGUUGGAGGAAUUGGUAUUUCAGGUGCAUUAGCAAUUGCAUCACAUAUAUUAAAACGUGAUAGUGGACCUAGUUUGGUUUUUAUAUUUUGGGCUGCACGAGAAGCAAAUGCUGAAAAGUUAAGUGUACUUCAACAAUUAAUGAAUCGACAGGAUUCUCGAUUACAUAUUUAUCUAUUUGGUCACGCAGCGAACUUUUCAUUUGAUCAUAAAAUAAAAAAUAAAGACGAAAUAUUAACGAUGGAAGAAGAGAGAAAUAUAUCUGAAACGUUAAGAUAUGAUAUACAAACAAAUGGAAUCAAAGGAAGUUUAGAAAGAAUGAUUCCAGAUGAUUUAUUACAACAAAUUGUAUUACCAUGUGUAACAACAUCAGAAAAAAUUGGAAUUUAUACGUGUGGACCGAAAUCAUUGAUGGAUUCUGUACAGAAAGCAUGUGAAAAUGCUCGUAAAAGAGCAAAUAUCUAUUUGCAUCGUGAAUCCUUUGAAUGGUAA